CUUGGAAGUGCUUGGCCCUCUGCUGGUCAGACUUUGGCCCUACAAUUUUGCUGAAAGGUGCCAUGCAUUUCAUUUGGUUCUUUGAAAGAACCAAGGUCAUCCACCAAGCUGGAGCCUAGGACAUAUAAUCUGGACGUCAUGGCGACUGGUGGAGUGAGGGUCCAUCCCUCUGAUGACAUGGGAGGUCGGAUGUUCGGUGCAGGGGGGCCUUCCAUGUCAAGGCAUUCUGAAUCUGAAAUGUACAGCUCUCUCAGCGCAGAAAAGUCUCCUACCAGUAAAACGUUAACCUUGGAGGAGGCUUACUGGACCGACCGACGCAGGAAAAUAGGCUUGUCGAGGCACCAGACACAAGAGCCUGAGCAAGAUAAUGAAUUUCAAAGGAUACGAGAAGAGCUGGUAACCUUUGUGACACAGCGGUUCCAUCAAAAAGAAUGUGGUCUGUUCAUUCCUGUCCCUGAUCAAGUCGGAAAGGGAAAGAAAUGUAUGGCUAAGUAUCUCAAAUGUCACUGUGGAGAAAUCUUAUCCAUGCACGCUGGGAUGAGGUCUAGAUCUGUAAAUCAACAAUUUGAAAACUGCUUUCUUGUACCACCAGAAUUUGCCCCUGUGUUGAAGAACCCUAACAGAAUGCUGACUGAGGAGCUGCCGAAAACAUCAGCCCAGUGGACAGAAGAAUGCCUCAAUAAAAGCAGGACAAAUGCAUUUGGGAAAAUUACCUUCAAUAUUGAACAAAUUGGAGGCAAAAAACCAGCAAAGUAUGUCAGGCUGUGUAAAGAGGACAGUGUCGAGGACUGCCUGGAAAUGAUGCAAAAAUUCUGGCGCAUCAUGGAACCUGAACCUCCAAAUCUGGUCAUCUCCGUUGUAGGUGGUGCAAAAAAUUUCAAGCUGGAUGGUCGCAUGAGGGAGACUUUUUCCUCUGGCCUUAUUAAGGCUGCCAAAACCACAAAUGCUUGGCUUAUCACAUCAGGCUUCAACAUGGGUGUGAUGAAAGCUGUGGGUCAGGCAGUCCAUGAAGGUCAAACUUUUCAGUGGGACAACGAUAGAAUGGCACACGUCCUCCGCUGCAUCGGGAUUGCUCCAUGGGGUUAUGUGAGAGGAAGGCAAUUCUUGGAGAGUAGAAAUGGAGCUGGAAAGUUCAAUGCCUAUUAUCGGACCAGCACUCAAAUUCUUCACAAGCAGCCAGUGCCUCUCAACCCUGAUCACACUCAUUUCAUAUUCGUGGAUGAUGGGUACCGAAUACGAUAUGGAGGGGUUGCAGAAUUUCGCUCCAAGUUUGAGAAAAAAAUUGCGACCCAUAAACGUGAUGGGGGCCUGGGGGUUCCAGUUGUUCUGCUUCUCGUGGAAGGUGGGACAGAUGCCAUACAAGACGUCAGUGCAUCUCUGGCUCAGGGCAUUCCAGUGGUCAUCUGUGCGGGCACUGGGCGAGCAGCAGAUAUCUUAGCCUAUGCCUACAACCACACCAACACAACGCACAAUAAAGAACGGGUCAUGUCAGACUAUCACCAGGAUAAGCUGGCUAGGAAGAUCUACUCAGCUUACAAAACGUACUGGAAAGCAGGAAAGGAGCGGGAAGAGUUGGACAAGUGGAUGAAGAAAGUUCUUGGAUGCUGUCAGCGAGAAGAUCUGAUGACUAUUUUCAACAUGAACAAGCAUGAAGAAUUAGAUCUGGCCAUUCUUUCUGUGCUUCUGAAAGGUGAAACGAAUUCGUCCCGAGAAAAUCAGCUGAAACUGGCUAUGACCUGGAACAGGGCAGAUAUUGCUCAGGAGGAGAUACUCAGGGAAGAUGUGAUCUGGAAAGACGGCAGCCUGGAAGAGGUCCUGACUCUUGCUCUGGUGGAGAACAAAGUGGAAUUUGUCAAACUGCUGUUGCAGAAUGGGAUCAUCAUGAGGGAAUACCUGACUAUUGCCAGACUGGAGCACCUUUACAACUCUACUCCCAAGUACUCCUUUGCCAACUUGAUCCUGACGAAUUUCCUAAAAUCUAGCCCCUUUACUCUGGAAGAAAUCGGAGACUUUAUUAGGGAUAUGCUUGACAAGUUUGACCUGGAUACCGUUACUCAAGAUUCAACGCAGAGCAGAGGAAAGAAAAAAGGAAAACGGCCAUUCCGACCUCGGUCAUCACUUCGACAACCAGCUACCACAGAUGACACCGAUGCUGAAGAUGAGCGGGACCACUUCAAGAGACCCUACAAGGAGCUGAUGAUUUGGGCCAUUAUUAUGAACAGAUCCCAGAUGGCUCAGCUGUUUUGGGAGUUUGGCGAUGAGCCUAUCACCAGCGCUCUGGUUGCCACUCGACUCUGUCAGCAAAUGGAAUGUCAUGUGCCGAAAUAUUUGUAUAUUAUACGACUCAGUUUUCAUGACAUGAAAAAUGAAUUUGAGAAACUGGCUAUAAGUGUCCUUGAUGAGUGCCACGCAACAGACCCAAAGAAAGCCAUCAUGGUUGUGGAGAGGAAAUCCCCGACUUGGAGUCGCAUGACGUGUCUGCAGAUUGCUGCGGCCGCUGGUGACCAGGCAUUUGUGUCUUCUGUGGCUUGUCAGGAUUCCAUCAACAAUGUUUGGAAAAGUGGGAUCAUGUCCAGAUGGCCAAAGGUAGUACUUGGGGUCCUGUUUCCCCCAUUUAUCCUCUUCUGCGUCGACAUUGGACUCAUGGGCAAGGCUGUGAUGUCCAAGACACAAAAAGUGUUCACAUUCUACACAGCUCCUGUGACCAAGUUUACCAUGCACACACUGUCCUAUUUUGGAUUCCUGAUUCUCUACUCCUACGUGCUGUUAGUGGACUACGGAACAACACCUUCAGCUUCUGAGUGGAUUCUUUUAUUGUGGGUCAGCAGUUUCCUGGCUGGAGGCAUUUAUUCGCUGAUAAUGUCCCCCUCACCAACCUUCUGGGGCAAGAUCAGGGACUACUUUGGUUUACUGGACAGAUUUGAUUUGCUCAAUAACAUCCUGUUUUUCAUCGCUUUCAUCGUACGAUGGUACUAUGUGUAUGACGGAAAAGUCAUCUACUGUUUCAACGCCGUCAUCUUUUACCUCCGACUGAUGAAAGUCUACACUGCGAACAGGACGUUGGGACCCAAGAUUUACAUGAUAAAUCGCAUGUUUGCGGAGCUUACCAUGUUCCUCAUCGUGCUGAUGGUGUUCCUGUUGGCCUACGGUGUGGCAAGCCAAGGUCUGCUGUACAAGCAGCGUCAGCGGGACUGGGUCAUCCUAAAGGACGUUCUUUACUUCCCCUACUGGCAGCUCUACGGCGAGAUCUUUCUCGAGGAGUUUGAGACUGAUGAAAACUGUAUACAAACACUGACCGCCUCACUGAAUGGCACUCUGAGUGAUUCGGUCAACACAUGUCGGCAGUUCCACUGGCUGGUACCUAUACUCCUUGCUGGCUACCUGCUGGUUGGCAAUGUACUUCUCAUCAACCUCCUCAUCGCCAUUUUCAGUCACGUCUUUGAAACAGUGGAAAAGAAUGCCAUUGAGAUCUGGAAAUUCCAAAUGUAUUUCCUAGUCAUGGAGUUCCAGAACAGUCCACUUCUGUUCCCUCCGUUCAGCAUCAUUUUUCACUUUGGUUACCUACUCCGCUGGUUGUACAAAACAGUAGUUUGCAGGAAACACACACGGAGUGCACAGUUUCUAAAACACCAUCUGGAGUACCUGGCUUUGUUUGAGAAGGAGAUGAUGGCCAACCGACUGAGAGCCAUAAAGGCCAAUGUGAUGCAAUCCAUGGACAUGAAGUUCAAACUACUACAAACUAGGAUGGACGACCUGACGAGAGUGAUUGAGGACGAGCUCAUAGCCGAGCAGUACAACAUGAUGCCCUCCAUGACCUCGGCCAACACUGUCUAUGCCGAGUUUGGCCUGGGUGAGACGGAGCCAGAGGAGACGCUGAAGGUCACCAACACAGAGGACCCCAUCAAAACAGAUGUGGACAGCAAGGAAGAGAGAAGGCACCGCAAGCAUAAAAAACACAAGAAGAAGAAAGAUAGGGACGUAAGUCCCGCACCAGAUCUGUUGACCAUACAUGAAGAAAAGCACAUGAACAUCCUAACGCCUGAGGAGGAUGUGAAACAGCUUCAUGAUAAAGUUAUUUCUGAUGAUGAGAAUCAGUCUCCAGAUGCCUUUGUCACUGAAGCUGACAAACAGCAGAAUAAGACCACAACGUCGACGCUCACACUCUCUCGAGAGCCCCGGCAGCGACAGCACCAGCGCCGUCAGGAGACAACACCACAAAUGGGAAGUUUUCACAGCGGGGCAUUAGCCCUUCCCAGCGAUUCGAGGAGCCCUAUCAUAGCCAUUCCACAACAGUUUCGCUUUGCAGCUCCAGAGCAACAGCUUGACUCAGAUGAAGAGCCAAUACCGCUAGACAUCUAUUCUCCAAGAGCUUCUAAUUUGACUGUGUCCGCACAUUCACAUAUGGGAGAUGAUGGAAAUGUGUCAGAUGUGUCUGCACAUAGCCAGACAUCUAUCCGCAUUAGUCGUCCCAGGUUAAGGCGCCACCUGUCACGAGGCAGAGAUGGAGAAAUGAGUCUCCACAGUCGAUUUGAGCGGGCCAACAGGAGCAGUCACUUCUCCAGCAAGCUUCUUUAAGCUAAAGAAGCAUUCCUUUGAAAUUUAGUAAAUCAAAGUUGAACAUAAAUCAUGUAUCUUACACUUUAUUGUUGCAAUCAAUUGUGAGAACUUUGACAGUUCGCUCAUAAAAUUGAUAUAUGUGGCAUUUAAUAGUAGCUUGUAGUAAUGUAGCAAUUAGUAUGUAAUGACAAAGAUCCACUUGUGAGAGGGGCUGCAUCUUUUUUCCCAUUAAUGUUGCUGUUCGUCUGUUCUGUACUUUACUUUUCAUUUAGGCAUCAUAGGUCAGAUAAACUUGUGUCUGCAGCAUAUUUUGGGGGCUGAAACGUAUGUUUCAAAAAGAUAUGGUAUGAGCCUUUGUGUCUGAGCUGUCUUAAAGAACAAAGAGUCAACUGACAGUGGUGCUCCUUUAAUGUCGUCAGUACCAUCAUUUAUUAUCUUUGUCCCAAUUAAUUGUCAGAGCUUUUAAAAUGGUGGGGAGAGAGGAAUGAGAUGAGGUGUAUGUUUCAUGGAUUUAGGAAGUUGGGCAGGGGGGGAGGAUGGAGAGAUAUGAUUCUUUAUCUGUUAUUUUUGGUUCUGAUUUGGCUUUUCCUCAUUUUUGUAGUUUAGUUAAAGUUUAUAUUAUCUAUUGGUUACCUUGGUUUUAAAAGUUAUGUCGCCUCAAAUGUGCCUCAGGUUAUAUAUUCAGGUGUUGCAGUCACAGAAUUCCUUUCUAUAUUCAAAGUAAUAGUAGUUUGUCCCGAAAGAUUUGCCUAGCAUUUCAAAAGGAUUCCGUCUUUUGGGAACACACUCUGAGCAAAAAUCUUGAACUUUAGUUUCCAUUGUUGAACCUUGUUAUUGAUGGCUAUUUGAAUCAUUUUUUAUCCCUUCAUAAUAUAGAUGUGAUUAUUUGUGCGGUAGAACAGGCAUGUUUGCAAUAUGAAUUAUCUUGCUAAUUGUGCUUAUGGCAGAAUAAGUGGGUCUUUUGUGAAGGGCUUCAGUCGUUAAAAUGUGAAGUGUAUUGAAAGAUGAUGCAAAGAUAAUGUUACCGUUGAGGGUAUGAAGCAUGUUGAUAUUGUUGGAAGUAGUUUUUCAUUUAAAGAUAUAUUUUUGAUCCACAUGUUAUGAAGUUUCUGGCGUCCCUUUGGUGAAUUUUUG